CGGAUGAGAAGUAGAACUGGAGAAAAGUGCUCCUUCAAGGAAAAGCAACGGGAAGUGGCGGCUGGCGGACUUGUACAGUGAGCAUUUUUCUCUCCUGGACUUUAAAGACUGAGCUUUGACGGUGCAAUAGAGAGAUUUGGCUCGGAACACUCCCGCGCUUGUCUUUAAUCCUCGUUUGUGGAUCGAUUGAUUUGAAAGCUGAAGUGAUUACUAAAGCGCCGCUCCUCCGACCGAGCCGUGUUAGCCUAGCACGCUAGCUCGAUCUUGUUCGUUGAUGCGUGGAUUUGACAGCGACACGGUGAUUUGUUUCGGUCAAUGCCAUAUAUAGCAAGAGCAACUACGACUGAAUACAGACCAGUUUGUGCCCCGGCAGUAGGCGUGAGGACGAGCUUUAGAAGGAGAAAAUGAGUGAACUGGAUCAGUUACGCCAGGAGGCUGACCAACUGAAAAACCAGAUCAGAGAUGCAAGGAAAGCCUGUGCAGAUGCCACACUACAACAGAUCACAGCAAACAUCGACCCUGUUGGGAGAAUCCAGAUGCGCACAAGGCGAACGCUGAGGGGUCAUCUGGCUAAAAUCUAUGCCAUGCACUGGGGUUCUGACUCCAGGCUUUUGGUCAGUGCAUCCCAGGAUGGUAAACUCAUUAUAUGGGACAGUUACACCACAAACAAGGUCCAUGCAAUUCCCUUGCGCUCAUCUUGGGUCAUGACCUGUGCCUACGCUCCUUCUGGGAACUACGUGGCCUGUGGAGGCCUAGACAACAUCUGCUCCAUCUACAGCCUGAAGACCCGAGAAGGCAAUGUCCGUGUCAGCCGUGAGCUUGCUGGACACACAGGUUACCUGUCUUGCUGCCGUUUCCUUGAUGACAACCAGAUUGUUACGAGUUCUGGUGACACCACCUGUGCUCUGUGGGAUAUAGAGACCGGCCAGCAGACAACCACAUUCGCAGGUCACACUGGAGAUGUGAUGAGUCUUUCCCUGGCUCCAGACUCUAGAACCUUUGUGUCUGGAGCCUGUGACGCCUCUGCUAAGCUGUGGGAUGUGCGUGAGGGCAUGUGCCGACAGACCUUUACUGGCCACGAGUCCGAUAUCAAUGCAAUCUGCUUCUUUCCUAAUGGCAAUGCUUUUGCCACUGGCUCAGACGAUGCCACUUGCCGCUUGUUCGACCUGCGUGCCGAUCAGGAGCUAAUGAUUUACUCGCAUGACAACAUCAUCUGUGGCAUCACCUCAGUGGCCUUCUCCAAGAGCGGCCGUCUGCUGCUCGCUGGCUACGAUGACUUCAACUGCAACGUCUGGGACAGCCUCAAGGCUGACCGUGCAGGUGUGCUGGCUGGCCAUGACAACCGUGUAAGCUGUCUGGGUGUAACUGAUGAUGGCAUGGCUGUUGCUACAGGGUCCUGGGACAGCUUCCUUAAGAUCUGGAACUAAAACCUGAAGGUGCUUUAAACACAUGUCUGACACAAUGUCAUUUGAACUCCAAAGUUGACUGGAAGACCAUUCCAACUUUAGAAUGUUAAAUUUCACAGCAUUGUCAGCAUCAACAAAAAACGAAAUACUGACUCAGACACCACCACAUAAAGAAAGAAACUUCUAAGGGAAAACGAUGCCUUUCCUACACAAAGAAGAGCACAAUUUGUUCAAUCACCCAACUUAAAAAAAAAAAAAAAAAAAAAAAAAAAAAAAUGAAUUCCUGUGGUAUCAAAUGAAUAACUUUGUGCAUUCCUGAUUGGACCAUUCAGUGUCACCCCCCUGUAACAGAAACAAACACUAUCAUCCCAUGCUUAUGUAUCAUGUGUCUCGAAAGCAAAAGUUGGAGUAUAAUUGUACAAAUUAUUUAACUUUUCUUCCUCCUUCUUCUUUUUAGAAUUAUUCCAGGCACAUGGUUAUUCCUGGAUCCUUUUUUCCUUAAUAUUUCUUUCUCUUCCGAUUUAGAAAUUCUUUUAAUUCUGUAAAAUUGUGUGAAUGUUGAAGACAACGUACAAUGUGUAAAAGGCUGAGAUUAGACAAGAAGGAAGAGCAGCUUUUUUUGUUCUGAAGAUGCCAAUCAUUUUUUUUCCUUUUAAUGGUGCACUAGAUUUUGUGAGUGAGUGUGUAUGUAUGUAUGUGUGUGUGUGUGUGUGUGGGGUCAGCAGUCUUCAUGAGCGUGACUAGAUACUAUAAAAGAAAACAUGAGCUCACUUGUCGAUUCAUGAUCCAUACUGAUGGGCGACUGAUUGGUAGUCCAAGCAGCGUUCAAUUCUUCACCUUGUUUAACGGUUGCUGAGCUGUCAGCAAUUACUGGGUAAUAAGAACAGCCUUAGUUUUCUAAAACUGUAAUAAUUUGUGCAUUGGUUACCUUUUGAUGUGAAUACAAAAAAAUGCCAUAUCUUUUCAAUCUUUUACCAUUUAAGUCUGAGGUACUCGCGUCAUUUAUCCGAAAAUGGUUGCUUGUAAAUAUGAGUAUCCGACUUGCACGCGUGAAUGCAGCAUUAUAUCUUAGCUACUUUUCUUUCCAGUCUUGUCACAGCUUUCUUUGCACAAUAUGAAACCUGACUAAUGUUUUACCUGUUAACUAACCAAACAUGAAAUUAAUCACAUCAAAUAAAAUUUUAACCAAGAAAAUAAAAUCAAACGUACAACCCAGUUGGCUCUUUCAUAAGGGUUUAACAUUGUUCAGACUAACCUCAGAGCUUCUCUUCUGGUCUUACUGUUUUAUAUUGGAGUUACUCUGUGCGAUUGUGACUCUCUUCAUCCAGGGAUGGUCUGUUAUAAAGUUCUAAACUAAACGGAUUGUGGGGAAGGAGAAUAUUAAGCAAUUUUAUCUUCUUUUUUCUGCCCAGUUUCUGACAAGAUAUCCCUGUUUGUGCUUGAAAAUACAGUUAAUAAUCUGUGAAUGAAAUGUUGUACAAAUCAGUGUCUGAAAAUAAUGAUUCUUAAAUCUUUAGGCGUUACCUUUUUUUUUAGUUUAUCUGCCAUGAAGUAACGUAGUCGCAUGCUGUAGAAAUGCUUAAGCAGGUGCUCGUUUCUUUUAGAUCCACUGGACUCUGCUAGGAUGGUAAAAUGUGGUAAGACCUUUGAACAGUAUAAGCUUAAUUCCAGCCAUUUUUGUUUUUCAUGCUGUGUACACAUCGUUUACUUUUACUGGCAAAGCUAUGCACCCAAGUGUAAAACUGAAAGAGGAAGGACUACAUAUUUCCUGCAGAUUUCUUCUGUCCCUUUGCUCCUGUAAUUAUUCUUAAUAAAAAGGUCAUUGGUUACCAAGACGUCUUAGACUUUAGAUUUUUGUUCAGCGUUUAAAGAACUGAGAUUCCAAUCCAACGAAACUGUUCUGGUUAUUAUUUUUUUUAAAUUACAAUGUUUAAGAAAAUGGCAUCUGAAACAGCAGAUUGUUCUUAUUUCCCCACUGUAAACAGAUGCACUUUCUUUAGUAGUUGUGAGUUUUUUUGGAAAUGUUUUUUUUCCCUCCUCUUUUUGCGAUAAUGUACAAUAAUUGUGAUGUAUUUGUGUGUGCUGCCACCAGUAAAGAUUAAUUGCAGUUCAAUUAAAACUGAUUCCCCACUUAUUUUCUCAUCAGUAAUAACCGUAGAGCUCGGCACUCCUCACCUGUUUUGUAUUUUAUUUUAGUCAGUUGGUGUACAACAGAAAGCUGGAUGCAAGAUAGAUACUAUAUUAAAAUGUACUGUUAUUUAAGAUGUAAUAAAACCAAGUUUGAGAUGUC